ACCAAAAAUAGCGUCCACUUGACGCAAUCCAACCAACUGCUGGUUCCCAGCAAGCUGAUGGGCUGGUUCCCACAAGGCAGCUAUUUCCGACCCUCCAGCGCUUCCAGUGAGGUGAUGCAUUCUGUCCGUACGUCGUCUGCAAGAAGGUCCUCCAAUACAUUCAUGUGAGUUUCUGGUGGCCUCCUAUUUUCAUCACCUUCGUAGGACGACUCCACUUUGGUCAAUGUCGGAUCGUGUGGAUAUUUUAAGUGACCCGAAAAAAAAAAUCAUGGACCUAAUGGCGUGAACAACGAUAAUUAAACUCGUUUUUUAUGAGUUUCAACUGAGCUUCAAGGAGCUUUGUCAUCUGAAAUGGGCGUCUGACAAAGGAGAAGCCUGAGUGAAAAGACAAUGAGUAGUGACACACACCUUUUCGAUCCUCGCCGUCCAACGAGUCCUAGUUAUUCCAGGAUGGAUCCCGACAAUCGUCCAAGAAGACUCCUGGACCCGGAGGAGAUUCCGUUUCUUCCACGGGCCCGCUCGUGGAGACGUUCCUUUCGUGGUGGCAUCUAUCGGAGCACAGCAGAUGGUACCAGCAUGUCCACCACACAUCUGACCGAGGUUGCAAGCUCAGCUCCUCCUCUCGAAGAGGCUUUGCCAGUCAAAGAAGAGGACACAGAGUCGGCAGGAAGCCUUUCAAAAGCUGGUCCCUGUAAGACUUUCCUGCGGCACAACAUGUUAACUAUUGCUACGCUAGCUGCAGUUGUAGCGGGAAUCACCUUAGGCAUCGUACUACGAUUAGUAUCACCAUGGUCCAAGAGGCACAUGAUGUACAUGAACUUCCCGGGAGAGAUCUUCUUGAGAAUGCUUCGGGGUCUGAUCUUGCCCCUUAUAACGUCGAGCAUGGUAGCCGCAGUCGGAUCUUUGGACGCUCGUUUAUCUGGCAAAAUCGGCCUACGAGCUGUCAUCUACUAUUUCAUCACCACUUUUAUGGCCAUCAUGCUGGGCAUCGUUCUUGUCGUCGGAAUUCAGCCGGGCUCGGGAGACAGCAAGCAAAGUAACAAAGAGUCAAAAGCUCGUCUCGUUACCACUGCAGAUACGCUCAUGGACCUUAUAAGAAAUGCAUUCCCCCCUAACGUCAUGGAAGCAUGUGUUUCUCAGUUCUCCACGAUAGUCAUCAAGCCGGGGAACGCUACUAACACCUCUAUGUACGAAUGGGAUUUUAAAACGGUGCAAGAUUCCGGUACCAACAUCCUGGGUCUGAUCGUGUUCAGCAUCGCCCUAGGAGCCACAGUGGGAAAAAUGGGCCAAACCGGAAGACCUUUGCUAGAUUUCUUCACUGCUCUAUCAGACGCUAUGAUGAUGAUCACGAAGCUCGUCGUCUGGUUUUCUCCCAUAGGUGUCAUGUUUUUGGUCUUGGCCAAGAUGCUCGAGAUGGAAGACUUCAGCGUAGUAGCUGGUCAAGUGGGCAUGUAUACCCUCACUGUCCUUAUUGGUCUUCUGGUUCACGGCUUUGUCCUGCUUCCUCUCAUCUAUGCACUCAUUAUGCGACAACAUCCCUUUGGCUUUCUUCUAAACAUGCUGCAGGCUAUCACUACGGCUUUUGGAACGGCUUCAAGUUCAGCAACGCUUCCCGUCACCAUUUCCGCACUUGAAGAUAAAGUGAAAGUGGACCCGAGGGUAGUCCGCUUCUGCAUCCCCAUUGGCGCUACCAUCAACAUGGACGGGACAGCCCUGUACGAAGCAGUAGCCGCCAUCUUUAUUGCGCAGGUUCGCAAAGUUCCCAUGGACAUCGGCAAAGUUAUCGCCAUCAGUGUCACAGCUACUGCAGCUAGUAUUGGUGCAGCUGGAAUUCCACAAGCUGGUCUAGUCACUAUGGUAAUGGUCCUCAACGCGGUUGGCCUACCUGCUGAUGACAUCACGCUCAUUAUCGUCGUCGACUGGUUCUUAGACCGUUUCAGAACAGCCAUCAACGUUCUAGGCGACGCCGUAGGAGCUUGCGUCGUAGAGAAACUAAGUUAUCACGACUUGAAACCCAACAUGGAAGCAUCAUCAGACAGCAGAGGCUCCAAAGACACAGUCAUCACCUCCAUGUAACUUCCAACAAUGGGUCAUCACAUCUUCGUAAUAAGUCAACAUUAUCAACAUCGACCCAUUCCUGUAGCAUGCUUUAUGUUUCUUUUUUUUACAAAUAUGCUACUUUUACGCGAUUGCUGGUGCAAUCGCACAAACACAAUAGCAAAAACGCAUCCUCGUCAUUUUAGAAGAGGUGUUGGAACAUUUCUUGACUGAGAGAAAUUCAUCGCCAGACAGUUGUCUCGCUGUGUUAUUUAUUUUCGUAACGAGUGUUUAUGUUGAUUGCCGCGCACAAACCUUUCUAGUGCACUUGCUCACUUGGAAGCAACAUCCAGAAAAUCCUAUAGUAUGAAACCGCCUCACAACCUUUCUGAGGUCGCUCAGCAACUGCUGUCUUUCGAGUUUUGUCAAAGAUGGUGCACUCCAUAAUUAUUCAUCGACACUAAACCAACAUACAUAAACUGGAUCAGUUAUUUUACCACAAAAUUUAGCGACAGAAACAAUGCGUUGCGGUUACCUAAUCUCUGCCAGUCUUGGAACUAACGCGUGACCCAUUUUCCAAAGCGGGAGCAAAAUAGUGCAGACCUAUACAUCGUUUGCCUAUUGUCUUUAAAUCUUGUUGCACUCAUGGAGCAACUUAAUUAGAAAAAUAUUUUGAGAGGCACCUUUAUAUGGAUUUCCUCUCCCCAGUUUUCCUUUUUCCCACAUUCGCUAUACGGGGUGUUUCAGUUAAAUCCCCGGGCUAAAUAAUUCGCUAUACCGGGUGUUUCAGUUAAAUCCACUGGCUAAAUAAUUCGCGAAAGGGUGCACCAAUCGACGAACUUUCUGUUUUUGCAAGUAUCUGUCCGAUACCACCUAUAAGCUGCGCACCAUGUGAAUGAGUGAGAGGCAUUCAUUAUUUGCAUAAAAAUUCAAAUGAGUUUCGUAAAAGACAUAACUUGUAAAGCAGGGCGCUGUCGUCAUUAAAAUGGGUACUACCCCUUUUGGGACUUUCAGUGGACACCUUUUAGAGAAAAACCUGCCACCGCAGCGGGUCAUUUGAUGCUGUAAUUAAUUGGUUUCAGUUUACAUAUUUUAUCGCGGCUGGUCGCGGUGAAGCGCAAAAGGACGUAAUUCAUCUCUGACCCUUUCUCUCCGGACUCCGAAAUUUGCCAAGUAAAGGUCACUUUUUACCCCACCAAUGUGAAGAGCGUGCCGAAUUUACUCAGAUUAAUGAUAAAUCAUAGGAAUAUUGAGGAGCUACUGUAUCGAAAAAAAUAGCCGAAAAUCAUGCUCUACGGAGCUCGCAGAGGAUAACGUGCGACGAAUUUUCCAGCGAAAUCAUUGUCGCUCCGACCACUCUCUAAGUCUGACGAAACGCACAGCCCACACCGGCAUGGUAGAAGGAGAUAAUAACACAUCGCGCCCAGCUUCGGCUGGGACCAUACCUCCCAAUUUCAGGAACUGUCACUUUUUCUCCUAUCACUCUGUGGGCUGGGUUUCCAACCUCCUUUCGUUUAACUGACAGCGAUUGCGCUCAAAACCUCCUGCCGCGUUAUAGUCAAGUGCCCCGAGAAGCAUCAUGUUCCGCUAGUUUUCCCGAUAGGAUAAAUCCUAAAUAUUAUCAAUUAGCGUGAAUUUGAUUAAAUUCAGC